AUGGCGAGUGCAGGGACCACUGGAGCGUCGGCAACUUCUGCCCAGGCUGGAGCUCUGGGUGGCAAUCUCCUUGGCUACAACUCGUCCUCCUAUGCGUCUGCAUACGCCCAGCGCUAUGCGCAACUAGGAAUGUAUAAUGGCGAAGGAAAUUAUGGCGCCGCCCUCCAGUCGAACAGGACAACUCCGUAUUCGCCCUACUCCUCGACCGUCACCUCGACGGCCUCACAUCUCCAACCGAAAGACAUGGUUAAGCCGCCUUACAGCUACAUUGCGCUCAUUGCAAUGGCAAUUAACUCGGAACCGACGAAGAAGAUCACACUCAACGGCAUCUACAGUUUCAUUAUGGAGCGCUUCCCUUACUACAGGGAGAAUAAACAAGGCUGGCAGAACAGCAUCCGACACAACCUCUCGCUGAACGAGUGCUUCGUCAAGAUUCCACGCGACGAGAAGAAGCCUGGAAAAGGCUCAUACUGGACUCUGGACCCCGACGCAUAUAACAUGUUUGAGAAUGGCUCUUACCUUCGUCGUCGGAAGCGAUUCAAGAAAUGCGAAGCUGUCAAAGAGAAAGAAGAGCGCAAGAAGCAAAUCGAAGAAAUGCAGCGCCAGAAAGAAGCUGUUGCAUUGGCGACCGCGCAGAAUCGACUGCUUCACCAACAAUAUUUGGGUUCUCACUUUGGCGGUGCACAUGACGACCAUCUUGGUGGAGCGCUAAAAACCGAGCCUGAUCUUGCGCACGAUUCCUACGCUGCGGCAAUCACAAACAUGUCGAACGGGCUUUUGAACUACCCUUAUCCAACUGGAGGAUACGAUUCAGAAGCAGCACGUGCCUGGGCUGCCGCUGCGGCCGCUCAAAGUAGCUCAUUUUCGUUGCAUACUGCGUCAGCAUUCUCAGGCCUUCAAUCCGUCCACCACGACCCAAGCCAGCUAGCUGCACUCUACGGUCAAACAUACGGUGCUCAGCAAGGUGCGGGGGAUUACGCGACCAAUUAUCCAAACACAAGCGUAGCAACUUCAACUCAGUCAGCAUCCCUUCCCGAGACGUCGGAAGCGACACGAACAGAUCAAACGACGCCACUGGCUGCGUCUCAUCAGACUGAAGCUCCUGCAGUUUCCUCUGCACGCGUCCUUCCUGCUAACAGCGCUGAUCCGGGCCGUUCAACAACUCCGUCCCAGCCUAUGCCCUCGCAGGGGCAGGAGCCUACACCUGGACUAGGCUCGUCAACAACGAGCACUUCAUCUCCUUCAAACUCGUCGAACCCGUCAUCAAACUCUGCUCCGACGAUUUCGCAGCCUCUUUCGCCGCCAACUCAGCUAAGCUUCGCACCAUCGCCCACCACAAACGGAUUGUACACAAAUCCGGCUCUCUACCAGAGCUACCCCCAGUUGCCCCAGAAUGUCCGAUACUGA